AGCAAGGCAGAAUUACGGUGUGACGGUUGUUGCGUCGCGCGGCGUUUGCGUUAGUUGCCUAGGCAACCUGCUGGCCCCAUAGUUGCCCUGAAAUCGAGGCGCUCCAACUCAGUAUGAAUGACACCUAUUCGUUACCACCCGGGUUUUUUCUUAAUUUUGUCUGAAAAUUAAACGUACUUUCUCUAAGCGGGCUCAAAAUGGUUUUCCACCGUUGUUCUAUGUAGUUUAUUUUUGGCACAUCCCACUCACCACAGAUUGUCUUUGAGCGCUAAUAUUUUAAAAUGCCGCGUAAACCGACCCCAGAUUUUCAAAGUGGAAUUUACCUCAGUAAAACACCCAUUGACAAGUUGAAAAUACGCGUUGUACUGGAAAUGGUAACAACAACAGCCCUGGAGGAAAUUAAACCUCCAAGCGAGGCCCCUGAUGAAUCGAAAGAACCAGUGCAGGUAUCAAAAGCUCGGGUCAGUGAGCAGAAGGACUUUUCAUGGCAAAAGCGCGUUUACUGCAGCAGAGAGGUCGAAUUUUAUAAGAAAGAGAGUAAUUGUCGGACGCAAGAUUCCAAACGGCACCAUGAGAAAAUCAAGCAAAUAUUGGACGAAUCUGAUGGGACUGUGCCCAAAAGUCGUUUAUACUCUUGCGUUGAAUCUGAUGAAGUUACGUCAGAGUUUGAUAGAGACUUAUUCGUGGACGAUUCAAGGCUCCAGUCUACGAAACUGAGCAGGGACAUGAAGUGCGUGCAGACCAAGUGCCCGAUGAGCUUUCGACGGCGGUUCAGAGACCCUUUUCGCCGCCUAUCUUCCAUCGUCGACUACAACCCUUCCAAGGACACCCAACUUCGGAAUCGACUCAUCGCCACUCCCACAGAAACCAUGUACAUCCUCGCAGAUCUCAGCCAGAACAAUGACAAAGAGGUUGAAAACCUCCUUUAUACUCCGGCCGAUUAUCAAUAUAUUUUGGUGAGCUUACAAUGGCAGCCAUUGCUGGGUACCUUGAUCAUCCUGCCGGAUUUCCUACCUGACACAUCGAAUAAUGGCUACAGCAUUAAACUCUCGCACGAUUUGAUGAACAUCGAAUACAGGUACUGGGUCCAGAACGUGAGCGAGACGUCUUUGGACCACCAACGGCUGUCGCAGAAGCUGCUAUCGAUGCGUCCCCGGCAACUUGGGCCGACGGUGGACCCGACGAUGGAGUUCGAGGUCCCGGAGCGGAGCACCCUCGAGUGCUUCGUCUUCGUCGAGCUCGGGACGGCAGCCCGCUUCGACUGCGACCCCGUCUUCGCCUUCUACUCCGUCCACCUGCCCCCCGGCUGGCGGACUCACGAGCCCGAGGCCCUCCACGGCGCCACCCACCUCUGCCACGCCGCCAACGGCCGAGCCGUCUUCUCCCACCUCCUCGAGCUCAAGCUCGUCCUCGACUUCGCCGCCCUCGAAAUCGACCCUGCCGAAUGCACGGAGUACAGCAUUUGUCAUCCGAUCCUGUACCUGGAGGUCUGCAGUCUGGAUAGCUGGGGAAGAUACCGUGUCUUGGGUUACGGCAACACUCGCAUUACUCAGAGUCCAGGCAUGCACUUCGUCACCCUCAACACGUGGCGUCCAGCUCCCACCAGUAUCAAAGAAAAGCUCAAGUACUUUUUCAUCGGGGCGAAUAAGCAGCUCGCCCACAUCACUUAUUCUGGCAUUCCGGAACCAUUUGCGGGGUCUCUUAUGAGUAAAUAUGGAUUCGAAACGAUGCCGAGUGGAGACAUCACAUUAAAAAUCAACGUGGUCCACCAGGUAAACCAAUCGUCGGUAGAGUCGACCAGUAGAAAACCGAAGCACUUGAUGGGUCAGAUGAGCUGCUCCUCCCUGGUGAACAGCGUUAACGCAGUCCUGGAAGCCUUCCACAAAGCUCGGCAGAGGAUGCUCCUGGCAAAAACGCCGCUCAUCGAACAUCACUUGGAUUCUAACUCCAGCUAUAAUGACGAGAAGAGCGCUGAUACUGUUGACAGUCGAUCGUCAGGAGAGGAGGACUAAGAAUUCUCAGUUAUCGAUUAUCAAGAAUACAUAAGACUGAAAUUUUUAGUGUCGGCCAUUUUUUUCCCUUUUUUUUUCAUACUCGUAUAAUUUUAUCUUUAUGCUAGUUUGAUUGUGCCAAAUUUAGAAAAUACUGUAUUGUUAAGGGCGAACUGACUGAAUAAAAUUAAAAUGCCUGAGACACUCAAAA